AUGCCUUUAGGGAAUAGCAAUCUGACCUCUUUCCUUUUCUAUAGAGCUCGAUCAAAUGACACUCGUGGUUACCGAUCAAACCAGCCUCAGCAAGCCCCCACUCAGAGUUUUCGCCAACGCACGCUUUCUUCUAAUGCCUCUUCUACCGCGCCAACCAGUGCCUGCGCUUCUAUAUCUGCGAAUCGAAUUGCUCGUGGGGCGCAUGCUGGUCCUGGCAAUGUGGAAGUUACUUCUAGCACCGGUAUUAGUAAUUCUGUGGGAGCACCGACAAAUUCUGUUGUUUCCUGGUCAACAAAGACUACUGCCUCAUCAACUGCUUCUUCUAAGCCAGGUCCAAUUCGACGAACCGCUAUGCCUCAAUCCAAAGUCUCCGCAGAAUUACCGACUAUGACUGCUUCUAGAUUUUCUCAAAGAAACGCAGGUAGGCAACCUGUUUGCUUCUGA